AUGUCCCAAGUGAGAGAACCUCUUCCUCCGGGGCCUGAAGGGCCAGAGCAGGCUCCGACUGAAAGCAGCUCUUUGAUCUCUCCCCCUCGAGAAAAAACUGACCAAGAGAAUACUGCGGCAGGAAAUAAAGACGUAAAACAGCCUUCCAGUAACCAAAGUAUACAACCAGAGAUACAAGACCAGUCUGUCUGGGGAAAUCGCGCUGAUGGUGACCUCAUCAGAACACAACCUCAACGUUUGCCUCAGCCGAAUACUUCAGCACUGGAAAGGGGUGAGGAAGAAAGCGGCAAAAUCCAAAACGGCCACGCGGGUCUGAGUAAUGGAAGUGGAAUUCACAACGGGGUCAAGAACGUGCCUUCGGACAACAGAAAACUUUCGGCUCCUGUUUCAGAAAAAAUGCACAGAAAAAUUCAGUCCACCUUGUCUGUCAACAGCAACAGCAGCAAGAAGAGUAAAAUAAGCUCUGUGUUUUCUCAAAAGCCAGGUACUUCACCUGAAGAUUGCUGUGUUCACUGUAUCCUGGCUUGCUUGUUCUGUGAAUUUCUCACCCUCUGUAACAUUGUUCUGGGACAAGCAUCCUGUGGCAUCUGCACGUCGGAGGCCUGCUGCUGCUGCUGUGGGGACGAGAUGGGGGAUGACUGUAACUGCCCAUGUGAUAUGGACUGUGGCAUAAUGGACGCAUGUUGUGAAUCUUCAGAUUGCUUGGAGAUCUGCAUGGAAUGCUGUGGGAUCUGCUUCCCAUCAUGAAAUAUUUAUCCCUUUU